UAAUGAAGUACUUGUGAAGAUGUUGCACUCUUCUCAAAUAGUAUGUUCACCCGAUUCUUCAUCUAUUUGCUCAGCUUGCUUAGGAGAUACUAGUGAGCCUUCUCAUUUUAGAUUGGCUGCUUCUAAACCUCACUAGCAGCAGGCUAUGAAAGAGGAAAUUGAUGAUCUUACAGUUCAAGGCACUUGGGUUUUAGUGCCUCCUCCACCAAACAGAAAUAUCGUUGGUAGUAAGUGGAUUUACAAAGUCAAGAAAAAUCCAGAUGGGUCUGUGUCUAGAUAUAAAGCACGUUUGGUUGUUGAGGGUUUUAGUGAGGAACAAGGGUUGGAUUACAAUGAGACUUUCAGUCCUGUGGUUCGCCAUACCACAGUCAGAUUGGUGUUAGCCCAUGCUACAAAAAAUCAUUGGGAGUUGCAUCAGUUAGAUGUCAAAAAUGCUUUUUUACACGGCGAUCUUCAAGAAGAAGUAUAUAUGAAACAACCUCAAGGCUUUGAAGAUGCUAUACAUCCUUCUCAUAUCUGCAAGUUACUCAAGUCCUUGUAUGGUCUUAAACAAGCUCCUCGAGCUUGGAAUGCUAAGUUCACCAGUUAUCUUCCUACUUUGGGUUUCAUUCUAUCCCAUUCUGAUCCGAGUCUAUUUGUUAAGCAUACAGGCACUGACAUCGUUCUUCUCCUUUUUUAUGUGGAUGACAUUAUUGUCACUGGUUCCUCUUCUACAUUAGUUCAAUCUGUUAUUACAGAUCUGGGUGAAGCUUUUGAUAUGAAAGACAUGGGCAAACUUACUUUUUUUCUUGGAUUAGAGAUUUCAUAUCUUUCAAAUGGCGAUAUUUUUGUCAACCAGGCCAAGUAUCUUCGAGAUCUCCUCAAGAAGGCAGCCAUGGUUGAGUGUAAACCAUGUUCAACACCAGCCAAACCUCAUCAACAGUUUCUUAAAGAUGAAGGUGUUUCUCUCCAAGAUCCUACCACUUAUCGAAGUCUAGUAGGGGCUCUUCAGUAUCUCACUUUCACUAGGCCUGAUAUAGCCUAUGCUGUCAAUUCUGUAUGCCUGUUUAUGACAGCUCCUACAGAUAUUCAUUUUGGUGCAGUCAAAUGUAUUCUCAGGUAUCUCAAGGGUACCUCUCAUUAUGGUCUCACUUACACUUUAAGUGAUAUGCAACUGUUGGUCUAUAUUGAUUCAGAUUGGGUAGGAGAUCCCAAUACCAAGCGCUCUACCACUGGGUAUGUGGUUUAUCUUGGGAACGAUCCCAUCUCAUGGCAAUCUAAAAAGCAAACUUCUGUUUCAAGAAGUUCUACAUAAGCCGAAUAUAAGGCUUUGGCUCAUUCUGCAUAUGAGGUUUCGUGGAUACGACAGAUUCUUAAGGAUAUGCAUUUAUUUCUUGCAGCCCCUCCUAUCUUGCAUGGUGAUAAUUUGUUUGCUCUUGCCUUAAGUUCAAAUCCUAUUUUUCAUUCCAGGAUCAAACAUUUAGACACUGAUGUUCAUUUUGUUCGUGAAAGGGUUCAGCGUGGGGACAUUCACGUUCAAUAUAUGCCUACACAAGAAUAGGUAGCUAAUGUGCUCACCAAGGGGCUUCACAGUCCAGUCUUUUUGCAACACUGCUCCAAUCUAAAGCUGGGCCCGCCAGCUUAGCUUGAGGGGGGAUGUUAGAGUUAUAUUAAGUUUAGCCAAGUAGUCUUAAGCUGGUGUGCCAGCUGUCAGUUAGUUAAGUGAGUUUGUUAUUAGUUUAGAGCUUAAGUCUUUUUUUGGAUGAGAUCCAAGGGUGUCCACCGCCGACAGUAGUGACUAAUCCCUUUCGCCGCGGGAGCUCUCCAAAGGAGGUAAACAGCUCAUGUAUUCCGCUAAAAGCUAAACUCUAUAAAUACUGAGCCAGCUAAUAUUGUAUUAAGAUCAAUAGAGAAAAUCAAUAAAGAAAUCCAGAACCUUUCAGUUUGUUCUUCGUUUCCUCUGUUCUUACUUGCCUGGUUAUCAAUAACAACAAUGCAUUCCUCCAUGAAACCCCAAACCAAGAGGAAACUGCCUUCUUCCCACCCCACCCCAAACCCACACCAAUCCGCCCCACUCGACCACCGUAGUCACACACCCACUGCACCCCACACCUAACACCCCACCAACAAACUCAAACCUUAUACACUGCUUCAGCUUGUCUGAAUUCAAUUCUAUGAACAUGCUUUGGAGUGGGAAUAUGUUUUUUUCACUUUGGGGGUUGUGUGCAGUGGGUACCACCGUUCCAAUCACCCAAGUUUGGUGCUUCCAAAUAAUAUGAGAAAUUACAAGCAAUUACAGCCGGUUAUCACUCAUGGGCUUAUCCUCUCUCAGGGAGUAGUUUUUCUUUUUUGGCUUUCCUUUUUCCAAGUGUUUUAUGCUUUUUGAAUUUAUUUUUCUUUCUAUUUUUGCUUGAGAUUCUAGUUUGUUUUCUUCAUAUUUUUGUUUGUGGUGUUAAUUACUUCAUAUACUUGUUCUUGACUCUAUAGUGAAUGUCAUUUUACUUUCUGCUUGUUUGUUUUGCUCUUUUUUUUUCUUUGAGAUUUAGUUUUGGCCACCCUUCUUUUAUUUUAAUUCUUCUCUCUAAUAGUUUUCAUCUUGUUUAGCAUUCUAACGAAAUCUUCUUUUGUUUGUGGUGUUGGUUGCGAGGAUCAUUCAUUUGUUCGUUAAUCUUGAAGAACCAUAACGGCCACCUUUUGUAGAUAGUGUAGCAGUUACAAGCCAUUUUUAAAAGCAGUUACCAGUUGGUUGUGACAUUGCAGUUGGUGCUCUUUCAAAUUAUCCCAAUCGCUGCAGUUGGUCUUGCGACUCGUUCAUUGUUUAUUGGCCCAAGUUUUUCUUGUUGGUUGUUGUUGAUGAGCAAGCUUCACAGUGGUACUCUUUUUUCUGGACUAGAUUUUCCUCCAUUUGAGGAUUUUUUUAAGGCAAUGUUUUAACGAGGCCACUAUUGCUCCAUCAUUGGGCUUCACUGAUGUAUUAUUUUGGGUAGUAGUCUUCUUUUUUCUUUUUCUUUGUUUCCUUGUGAUUAGUUCAAGACACGAAUCUUUUUAAGAUUGCGCUCUUGUUCCUAGUUUU